AUGCCUUUCGACCUUAUAAACUCACCAGCGACGUUCCAGUGCCUGAUGGAUCGCUUUCGGUCCGGACUCAGUGAUGUUUGCGAGGUUGCCUACCUCGACGAUUUGUUUGUUGUUUCUGAUGAUGUUGUAUUUCAUGUAAGAGAUCUAAGAAAAGUCUUUGACAGACUCAGAGUAUUAGGCUUGAAAGCCAACCGUGAUAAAUGUAUGUUUACUAGGGACAGAGUAACAUACCUAGGUCAUGUGAUUUCUUCUCAAGGAAUCCAAACGGAUCCUGAGAAGGUCGCAGCUAUAGUAAACAUGAGAUCUCCUUCUAAUUUGAAAGAGUUACGUAGCUUCCUUCAAACAUGUAGUUGGUUCCGGAAAUUCAUUCCGCAAUUUUCCGAAAUAGCUAGACCGCUAACGUGUCUUACGAAAAAGAACGGAAAGUGGACAUGGGGUGAAGAACAGAUUCAGGCGUUUGCUACUCUCAAAGAUAAACUCACUUCUGCCCCUAUUCUUCGCCAGCCAGAUUUUAAAGUUCCAUUCGUUAUUCGUACCGAUGCUAGCGCCUACGCUUUGGGUGCUGUGUUAAUGCAAGGUGAAGAAGCCAAAGACGAACGCCUGAUUGAGUACGCUAGUAGGUUGUUGACUGCAACUGAGUGCAAUUAUGCGGUGGUCUGGGCUCUUGAUAAAUUCAGGGGUUUUGUGGAAAGUUCGCAGAUUCGGAUCGCCACUGUUCAUCAACCACUGCGAUGGCUGAUGUCUCUUAAAACACCCAGUGGUCGUCUCGCACGAUGGGCUAUGGAGAUCCAAGCGUAUAAUCUAAAUAUAGAAUAUACACCCGGGAAAAUUAAUUUGAUUGCCGAUACUCUUAGUCGACCGCCUCAUUCCUCUUCGACAGAAAAUGCAGCUUGUGACUUAUGUUCUGUUUCCAUUGAUUUGCCCCAUCGUGAUGCUGCUGAGAUUCAUGCUGCACAGUUGGAGGAUCCGUACGUCCAAAAUAUUUUAAAGGACUUCGAAAGCGAGGACAUGAAGUUUACCCGUUGGACUGACAGGGGGUAUUAUGUCGCGCAAGGUGUAUUAUAUAGAGUGGAUCCUGAUGGUGAGACUGAAGAACCACAACUUGUGGUCCCGCGAUCGCUAAGAGGCGAGCUUAUGAAAGAACGUUCACCGAUAGAUGUCAUCAGCGAUAUCCGCUCCAUAUUAGAUAAUUCUAAUUUCGUCCCUCAAAUUACGCCGUAUCUAAAACGGUUUACAGAGAGUCUUCAAGAGAUUAAAUGGAGACAAGAACGUCAGCAAGAUCUUCGCAAAGAAGUUGCUGAUUAUGGGAUGCGAGAAGCUCAACUUUACCAGGCAGGAGACUUUGUCCUAAUCACAUUGAAUCCAGGAAAGUCAUUUUUUGUCGUAUUUAUCUUUCUCCUGAAGAUGUAA